AUGAAUAAAUCACAGGCACAACGAGAUGAGUCAAUGGAUCAUGCAUUAUCAGAUUCUUUGCUAGCUGUAUGUGAGGUGAUCAAAGAAAGGAAGAUCGAUUGUCGUAAUAUUCUUGUUCUCUCCCUUGGAACUGGAGCAGCAAACGGGAAGGAUAAGCUAGAAGUUGGAGAUCCUGACAAGUGGGGAAUCGUUAAUUGGUUUUGGCAAAAUGACAAUUCCAACCCAUUGCUUGACAUUUUGAUGACUUCAGCCGACGAAAUGAUUGAGAUGUAUAUGACUAGCAUCUUUCAAUCAUCUGGAUUAAAAGAAAACUACAUUCGGAUCCAGGCUGAUUUGAGUAACGCUAACGCUGCGAUGGACGACCCAACUGACAAAAAUCUAAGCAGUCUCAAAAAGAUUGGCGAAGAUCUGGUGGAAAAGAAUGAAGACAUACUUACAGAGUAA